AGGGCAUUAGAGGAAAUUAAAAAAAAUGCCAGAUGGAAAACCUUAACAUACAAAAUUGGUAGAAGGACCAAAAAGAUGCAUUUUUCUUAGUUUAGGUAUAGAAAAGUGCAAAAAAUAGUUUGAGGACUAAAAUUGUUCAAAAUUAAAAGUUUAGGGAUUAAAUAUGGUAUUUAACCUUUAGAAAAUGUCAGCUAGAUAGACUUACCGGACAAAAUUGAUAGAAGGACCCAAAAGUGCAUUUUUCAAAGUUGAUGGAUGAAAAAGUACAAAAAUGGUUUAGGGACUAAAAUUGUUAAAAAUUGAAAUUUCAGGGACUAAAUGUGGCAUCUAACCUUAGACUUUCUUUAGCAACGUUCAUAAUUUAUGUCAUUUUGAAUUCAAUCUUACUGUCUUUUGAUGUGUAGGUGGAUGCUAUUAUGUGAUUGUAUGACCACACUUCCUUUUAGUGCUGUCCCUUAACUCACUCCUUCACUAACUUUUGUCUAAUUGUGUGAUUUUCAUGGCCGUGAAAUUCCAAUUGUCCAUCGUGUUAUUAAGGUCCAUGAGAGACAAGACAGUGAGGAAGUUGAAGUCCUCACAAAAGGGGACAACAAUGAUGGUGAUGACAGGGUUUUGUAUGCUCAAGGGCAGCUCUGGCUUCAACGGCAUCAUAUCAUGGGCAGGGCCGUUGGGUUCUUACCCUAUGUUGGUUGGGUGACAAUAGUCAUGACCGAAAAGCCCAUCAUCAAGUAUAUUCUCAUUGGUGCAUUAGGAUUGCUGGUUAUUACUUCCAAGGACUAAAGAUGAAGCAAUAGCUGAGUUUGGUCGACUCAAAAGGAGAACUUUCUAAGUUUUUCUCCUAUACAUGUAGACUUAGAAAAACUUCAAUCAUAAAGGAUAGAUUUAAAGGACCGAAGUUGAUUAUGUAUUACAGGCUUCAAGAACUCUGUUUUAUUCUAUAAUUUUAUGGAUUUUGGGGCCACCUCUUAUUUCUCACUGGAUUGAAGUUUGAUAUGGUUUUAGAAAAUAGAAGUGAAAAGCAUAG